GCCGGGGCCGGUGUCCGCGCCUCAUGAAUAUGCAGGGGCCGCCUCCCUCCCUCCGUGACGUCACGGGCCGUCCCGGGGUGAGCGCCGGAGCAGCUCGGGGUCCGCGCCAGUGAGCGCGGCUGCUGCCGGCGGGCGAGCGGCGCGGCGGCGGGUGGGCACCGAGGCCGAGCGCGGCGGCGCCGACGCGCACCGAGCGGGCAGGGCGAGGCGGCGCGGCCCGGCGGGCACCGGAGGCGAAGCCGGCGCGGGCAGCAGGCGGCAGCGGCAGCUGGUCGGCGGCGGCGGCGAGGAUGCUGCCUGGGAGGCUGUGCUGGGUGCCGCUCCUGCUGGCGCUGGGCGUGGGGAGCGGCAGCGGCGGCGGCGGGGGCAGCCGGCGGCGCCGCCUCCUCGCGGCUAAAGUCAACAAGCACAAGCCAUGGAUCGAGACUUCGUAUCAUGGAGUCAUAACUGAGAACAAUGACACAGUCAUUUUGGACCCACCACUUGUAGCCCUGGAUAAAGAUGCACCAGUUCCUUUUGCAGGGGAAAUCUGUGCAUUCAAGAUCCAUGGCCAGGAGCUGCCCUUUGAGGCCGUGGUGCUCAACAAGACAUCAGGAGAGGGCCGGCUCCGGGCCAAGAGCCCCAUCGACUGUGAGCUACAGAAGGAGUACACGUUCAUCAUCCAGGCCUAUGAUUGCGGCGCGGGGCCCCGGGAGACGGCCUGGAAGAAGUCGCACAAGGCUGUGGUCCACAUCCAGGUGAAGGACGUCAAUGAGUUUGCUCCCACCUUCAAAGAGCCGGCCUACAAGGCCGUCGUGACGGAGGGCAAGAUCUACGACAGUAUCCUGCAGGUGGAGGCUGCCGACGAGGACUGUUCACCCCAGUACAGCCAGAUCUGCAACUACGAGAUCGUCACCGCUGAUGUGCCUUUUGCCAUUGACAGAAAUGGCAACAUCAGGAACACUGAGAAGCUGAGCUAUGACAAGCAGCACCAGUAUGAGAUCCUGGUGACCGCCUACGACUGCGGACAGAAGCCGGCUGCUCAGGACACCCUGGUGCAGGUGGACGUGAAACCAGUUUGCAAGCCUGGCUGGCAAGACUGGACCAAGAGGAUUGAGUAUCAGCCAGGCUCGGGGAGCGUGCCGCUGUUCCCCAGCAUCCACCUGGAGACGUGCGACGGGGCCGUGUCCUCCAUCCAGAUCACCACAGAGCUGCAGACCAAUUACAUCGGCAAGGGCUGUGACCGGGAGACCUACUCGGAGAAAUCCCUUCAGAAAUUAUGUGGAGCCUCCUCUGGCAUCAUUGACCUCUUGCCGUCCCCCAGCACUACCACCAACUGGACCGCAGGACUGCUAGUGGACAGCAGCGAGAUGAUCUUCAGGUUUGAUGGCAGGCAGGGUGCCAAGAUCCCUGAUGGGAUCGUGCCCAAGAACCUGACGGACCAGUUCACCAUCACCAUGUGGAUGAAACACGGUCCCAGCCCUGGCGUGAGAGCCGAGAAGGAAACCAUCCUCUGCAACUCAGAUAAAACGGAAAUGAACCGGCACCACUACGCCCUGUACGUGCACAACUGCCGCCUCGUCUUCCUCCUGAGGAAGGACUUCGACCAGGCCGACACCUUCCGCCCCGCGGAGUUCCACUGGAAGCUGGACCAGAUUUGUGACAAAGAGUGGCAUUACUAUGUCAUCAAUGUGGAGUUUCCUGUGGUUACUUUAUACAUGGAUGGAGCAACGUAUGAACCAUACCUGGUGACCAACGAUUGGCCCAUUCAUCCAUCUCACAUAGCCAUGCAACUUACAGUCGGCGCUUGUUGGCAAGGAGGAGAAGUGGCCAAACCACGUUUUGCCCAGUUCUUCCACGGCAGCCUGGCCAGUCUGACCAUCCGCCCUGGCAAAAUGGAGAGUCAGAAGGUGAUUUCCUGCCUGCAGGCCUGCAAGGAAGGGCUGGAUAUUAAUUCCCUGGAAAGCCUCGGCCGAGGAAUAAAGUAUCACUUCAACCCCUCGCAGUCCGUCCUGGUGAUGGAAGGGGACGACAUUGGGAACAUCAACCGUGCCCUCCAGAAGGUCUCCUACAUCAACUCCAGGCAGUUCCCGACCGCGGGUGUGCGGCGCCUGAAGGUCUCUUCUGAAGUGCAGUGCUUUGGGGAAGACGUGUGCAUCAGCAUCCCCGACGUGGACGCCUACGUGAUGGUGCUGCAGGCCGUCGAGCCCCAGAUCACCCUCCGCGGCACGGACCGCUUCUGGAGACCCGCUGCCCAGUUUGAAAGUGCCCGUGGGGUGCUCCUCUUCCCCGACAUCAAGAUUGUGAGCACCUUCGCCAAAGCCGAGGCCCCGGGGGAUUUAAAGACCACAGCCCCCAAAUCAGCAGUCUUGGACGAAAUGCUUCACAACUUAGAUUUCUGUGACAUUUUGGUGCUGGACGGGGACUUGGACCCAAGACAGGAGUGCUUGGAGCUCAACCACAGUGAGCUCCACCAGCGACACCUGGAUGCCACCAACUCCACCGCGGGCUACUCCAUCUAUGGUGUGGGCUCCCUGAGCCGCUAUGAGCAGGUGCUGCAUCACAUCCGCUACCGCAACUGGCGGCCGGCCUCCCUCGGGGCCCGGCGCUUCAGGCUCAAGUGCUCGGAGCUCAACGGGCGCUACACCAGCAAUGAGUUCAACCUGGAGGUCAGCGUCCUCCACGAGGUCAGAGUUUCAGACGAGGAGCACGUCAACCACCUGAUCGUGCAGCCUCCCUUCCUCCAGUCCGUCCACCACCCCGAGUCCCGGAGUAGCAUCCAGCGCAGUGCAGUGGUCCCGAGCAUCGCCACAGUGGUCAUCAUCAUCUCCGUGUGCAUGCUGGUGUUCGUUGUGGCCAUGGGCGUGUACCGGGUCCGCAUCGCCCACCAGCACUUCACCCAGGAGACUGAGGCUGCCAAGGAGGCCGAGAUGGACUGGGACGACUCUGCGCUCACCAUCACAGUCAACCCCAUGGAGAAACAUGAAGAACCAGGGCGAGGGGAAGAUGAGACGGAGGACGAGGAGGAGGAGGAGGAAGUGGAGGAAGACCUAAGCUCCAGCAGCAGCGACUCCGACGACAGCGACGAGGAGGAGGAGGAAGGGCUGGGCAGGGGCAGACGUGGGCAGAGCGGAGCCAGGCAAGCCCAGCUGGAGUGGGACGACUCCACCCUCCACUACUAGUGCCCGGCUGUCUGCGCCCGCCCACCGGUCCCUUUUGUAAGCCCCACCCCGAUGUAUGCCCGAGUCUAUCACACGUCGCCUCUGAUUUCUAUGACAGGUCUGGGCAGGCCUUCCCCAGCGUCCUGGAACCCGCCCUGUAAGCCUUGGGCACUCCCUGUGUCCCAGCUCUGGGGUGGUUUCAAGAAGCCCCAUGUCAUCAUCAGUGGGGACUUCAGGGUGGACUUUGUCCUGUAGCCCCCACUUCACCAGCCCUGGGCUCACCCAGCACCCUGUCUGCCAAGCUGCAGAGUCCUGCCUUGGCUCUUCUCUGCAAGGGAGAAGGUCAGCCUUCGUGUCGCUUCCCUCCCCUGGGCCCCAUGUUCCCAGUGCCCUGGAUUCCAGCUCACUGUGCGUGCGCCUGACUCGGUCGUCUCUCUCUACACAGACCGGCAGGUUCUCCUUACCUGACUUCAGGUGGCUUCCUAAGGUGGGGCAGUCAGACUUCACACACCCGAGGUCUUAGUCCUUAAUGCUUUAGAGGAAAGUCCUUGUUGAGGCAGAAUUAUUUACAAAAGGUUGACACGCACAUAUGCACGUGCGCGCGUGUGCACACGCUCUCCCCGGUCUGAAGAGCCUUUCCCUUUGUCCUUUCUGAGGCCACAUAAGCUUAAAUGAAAAGUCUGAAAGCAAGAAUAGGUCCUUGGCCACAACAGGGCCUGGUCCCCAACCAAAGCUGUCUGAGAAGCUGCCUGCCUGGCAGCCACGGAGCCCCGCAUGGCCGUCCUGCUGGGCACUGCCCCAGGUGACAGCUGUGACAAGCCUGCAUCCAGGGAUCAGAAGGAGCGCUGAUGAGAUGACACAGCUGGGCUUCAUGGUGGCCACGGAUCUGGGAGCCGGGGCUGGCUGGGCCCACCUAGGCCAGAAGGGGGCCCGAGGUUGACAAGACUCUCAGCACCUACUCUUAUGGUCCCUUGUCCCCUAUUUCACACUGUUUUGCCUCUUGAAAAAAACACAUUCUUCUUGGAUAUAUUAGAACAAGUGUGAACUGCGCCGCAUCUAAAAUGAAAGUUUGGAGAUUUAACGGCUAGGAAUUAGAGAUAGAUUUGCAAUCAUAACAGCUUCUUCUUUCUUCUUCUCAUAAAAGGAGCAAUGCUUUGGGUGGAGGGCAAAUAUAUCCAAAAACCUCA